UUUCAUUAUUUGUUCAACAUGAGUAAAGUACUCUGCAGAGUGUUUGUUAUCAGCCUCAUUCUCUUCUUGGUCUGUGAUAUCCAGGUUGAAGCUGCUGCUCUCCCGCAAGGUGAACUGGUAAACCGUGUGAAGAGAUCAAUGAUGUGGCGCUGGAUUACCCAAAGACCAAUCGGAGCCAGCUGCAGAGACCACUCUGAGUGCAGCACCAACUACUGCAAGGAUGACUACUGCUCCAUCCGAGUGUUUUCGUCUUAGUACCUGAAGAAAUGCAGCAUCUCAAAGUAGAGAAUGUGGAAGUUCUUCACAUCAACCCAUUAUAGUAUUCAGAGAAAAAUGGCCUUCACGAGCAUCUGUUAAAGAAAAUGUGUCUAUCAAUGUGUUACUACUACUGAGCAACAUUAAACCACCAUAGUACCACCACUUACACAAGCUCUAGAGUUUCAUAUUCAACGCCAUUUUAACUGCAUCUCAUUUUUUGUAUUUUUCUUUGCAUUCAUUUUAUUCUAAUUGCAAAUCAUGCAGCGUUGCUAAUCAGAAGCAGAGCAUGAUCUAAUGAAAGUAAUCCAAAUUCAUCCAUUCAAUUUAGAUUUAAACACUUUUUCCAUACAUUGUACUUCAUAUGGACAGAAUACCAGACAGUGUUGUGUUUUGGGGGCUCGCUGGUUAUUUUGGCCAUCCUCAUUUCGUAGAACAAAUUCUAUUAACGUUCAUGGGAGUAUCCUCUAUAUAUUAAUGCUUUAUUGAUUUUUAAUUACAUGGUUAUGACAGAAAUGCCAUAUAAUUAAGUAUUAAUAAAGAUUAUAUAACCCCAAAACUAAAGUGAGACUAGCAUGUAUUUUAGAGCUAUCCAUAAAACUAAACUUACCUUGCUAAACAAUACAUUGUUGCAUAUGUGUUUUAAAUAUAUAAACCAAAAAAAAAAAAGUGGACUUCGCAGCCAAUUGGUUUACUAUAUUAGUAAAUAGAGCUUUUGCUUAAAGGUAAUCUGAAACCAGUGUACUGUAUAUAUUAUAAAAACUUACUUUGCACAUAAGCUAAAAUGUUGUAGGUUAUACAUAAUGUGUGAAUACUGCCUUAUCUAUUUAUUUUUCUAAAAUGUAUUAUUUACUUAACAUGUUCCUGGUA